GUCAUCAGAUUAGCUUUUCGCUUAUCAAAUCCAAAGUUUGUUUAAUUUAGGAAUCUUUGAUAAAGAUUCUCUGGUAGAUUACCAAUAGUCUGACCGUGGACAAGUACUUCUUCGCUUUGCUAAUUUUUGCCAAUAAUCAACCCUCAACCCCUCACAGUGAGACUCCUGAGGACAGUGCGCACAAUGAGCCAAGCAUCGUCCGAAGUGCAGCUUUCCGCACUCCGUUUGAAGUACUGUGAACGGAAGGAUGCCUUUCUAGAGGAGAACAUCAAAGUUAAGAACCCUUUUUGCCUCUUCCGUGACUGGCUAGAAUUGGCAUUGAAAACUCCUGAGAUUCUGGAACCCAAUGCAGCUGCCUUGGCCACCGUGAGUCCAGCCGGGAAACCAUCCAAUCGCUUUGUGCUGGUUAAAGAAGCCACCGCCGAGGGCUUCACAUUUUUCACCAACUAUGGCAGUAGGAAGGCGGACGAUAUAAAGGCUAAUCCCAAUGUGGCCAUUUCAUUCUAUUGGUUACCCCUACGCCGUAGCGUUCGUAUUGAAGGUGUGGCCGAAAAAAUUUCACCAGAGGAUUCCCUAAAGUACUUUCAUCAGCGUCCAAGAGCAAGUCAAAUCGGAGCUGCCGCAAGUCCCCAAAGUCAACGGAUUCCAUCUCGCAACUAUUUGGAUGAAGUGGAGGCGGGUAUCAAGCAAAAGCUGGGACCAGAUGGAGAGGUGCCUCUGCCCAACUGGGGCGGCUACCUUGUCCGUCCAGACCUCAUAGAGUUUUGGCAAGGUCAGACAGAUCGCUUGCAUGACCGGAUUCGGUUUAGACGAGGCGACGAAGUGGAAUCCGAAAUUGAUGGGAAACUCGUGCACAAGGGCGAAGAUGGAUGGGUCUAUGAAAGACUGGCUCCCUAAAUACUGUAAUGCUCUUUACAAUACUUGUGUAUGUCUUCCAAAUUUAAAUGAUACGAUUAG